GACGUGAUAGACUCAGAUAACAGCAAAACAAGAUGACCAGUGUUUAUGUAAACAUUAUGUUCAACACCGCCUCCAUCUUCUAAUACACGCCUGCUUUAUCUAUUUACCUUACCAACCUACCUGGCUAUCGUCGCACUUCUCUGCUAGCCAGGUAAAGCCACCCCUACAAGUCACCUGGUUUGCAUCCAUGCAUGCAUGAGGCUAACUACAACAACGAAAGCCAGUCAAACGAUCUGCGUUGUAGAAAGUGAUCAAAACAGCCAAACGCUCUUUAUUGUGCUUCCAAUUGAAUGGAUGCUUCUCUUAUGUAACAAAGUGGAUUGAGUGGGGGGUACAGAAAAAGAAGACGAAGGAGAAGAAGAAGAAGAAGAAAUAGGAGAAAGAAUAUAAAAAGAGAGAAAGAGAGAGAGAGAGAGAAGCACAUUUUGAGAGGGGCAGUUGGAUAAAAAUACUACAACGUGCAUCUUUUCAUCAAACGAAGACCAAAGAGAGCCUGACCUGCGGUGUCAGCAAAUUUUGGUUCCUCAACAUGAGAAACGCUGUCUUAUCCCUAGUAAUUUUGGUGGCAACAUUACAAACAACAGAAUCAUUAAAAACAUGCCAGAAUAAAGAUGGAGUGAAAUCCGUUCCCUGUAACCAUGGCGACUGUUCCAGUGAUGGCAGCUGCUUAUGCCAACCUUGUUGGAGAGGUGCAUUCUGCGAUAUAUUCGUGAAUACUUAUGAACCGACCUUUGAUCAAUUUGAACAAGACAUUGUGACCGAUAUAGAUGGAAAAUGGAUACAGCAAGUUCAAGCUACCGACCAAGAUUUCGAAACAACAUGCAGCAGUCAACUGCCAUGUGAUUGUGCUAAUAUAAGCUACAGCAUCCUGAAUGGCAAUCUGGAAUCGACGUUUAUGAUUGAUCCCGACACCGGCAUCAUCUCCUUGGUAAAUGGAGCAAGACGAUCCAAAGAUACUAGGUACCACCUUGAAAUAGCAGCCAGAAAUCCCAACAAAGAAUAUGGAGAUGUUUCCAGGGAAACGUCCUCAGUAACUGCCCUUCACAUUCUCUUACCAGGCAAGAAAGAAAAUAACGAAAAUCAACCUGAACAUCAUCUAUCACGUCGUAAAAGGUUUGCACCCGCAAACCCCAUACCAGCAAACACCACUUUUGAACUGAAGCAGGUGGGUCCGGCAACGACACAUGUUGAAAAAGGUAUGGCGCUUGCCUUUGAACUCUACCUACAUUUCGCAGUAGGGACUACUGAUUUGUUGGUGGAAAUCUUCACACCGGUUAACCAAACUGAAGUGUUCACAUUGUGUAACCCUGCCAUUGACCAUGUCGGUUCUAAUAUCGAAUUUGAUAAGAAACCACCUACAAUAGACAAGAGUGAAUCAACGGGUGUGAAUAAUCGAGCAGUUUUUGAACUGGGUAACGUCACUAAUACCGGAACUGCAACCAGCAAUUACAAUGACAGUCUCAUUAAAAUUGUGUUUAUAGUUAUCAUGAUUGAUUCUGCAACGGAUCUUUCAGUUAAUGGUAAAUCAUUUUGGCUCAGUGCUGGUGUUGAAUACAACAACAAAGACGACAUAUGGAUUGGUCAAAAAUCUUUUGUCGCCAGACAAGUUACCAACUUCAAUGCAACCCCUGCUUCGUUUACUCUAACUGGACCUUCUGAAGUUAGUGUGGACGCCUCAGCUUUGUUUAAGCUGAAGUUAAACCUUCCUAUUUUAGCAAACGAAAUAAAAAUUGAUGUGUUCCCUCCUCUGAAUGUAUCAUCCGUAAUGACUGUAUGUAACAUAAGAGUUACAGGAUAUGGCCGUAAUUUUGAGUGUUUAAACACAUCGAGUAUAGCAAGUAGUCUCACUGAAUCUGAAAUAGAUUCGGGGUAUUCAAGAGGACAUCUGGAUAUGGGAUACAUCACCAAUUCAAUGGUACGAUCAAAUGCGCAUGAUAGUAAUGAAGACUAUUUUGAUGUAGAGUUUACAUUGAAUACGUUUAAUGACACAUCUUUAAUUGGCAAAACGGUAUACGUCGGUGCUGCUGUUAUGAUGGGACCUGAUUAUAUCUGGACAUCUCGGAAACCAAUUCAAAUAAAAGCAAUUCAGCCAUUCACAAUUGCACAAACCAUUCAAUCUGAAAUCAAAGGAGGGAAACUAACAGUACGCGCCAAUGAACCAGCCAUCACUUUCCUUCAUCUUUUCAUUCAGAAUGAAGGAGUAUCUAGCAUUGCUAUCAAAUUGAACUUACCAUCAAAUUCUAUGUCAUCGUUUGAAAUUUGCAGCUUAUCUACAGUAAGCACCGGAAUCAACAUACCUUGUAUUAAACAGAAGCAAACAUUCUAUCACAUUGCGGAAAGCGAAGCAAUUUUGAAUCUUGGAACAGUAGAGGCAUUCACAACAGGCAAUAACACAUAUAAUGAAAUUAUAAUACAACUGGUAGUUAAACCUAGAGAAACUAUUGCAAAAGGAACUUACGCUAUAAAUGUAGAAGUAACGUCAGAAUCAACGACUACCAAUACCACACAGUUGACUUAUAACGUUAGUGUUUUCAACGACUCCACUACAGCAAAUGAUACUUAUAAACCAACAAGUACAAUAAGCGUACAGAACGACAGACAGACAAUUUUUCAAGGAGAAAGUACAAAGGUUUCUGUAAAUAUCACUUUCCCGGAGGCAACAACAAUCCCUGUGUUAGAAAUUGAGUCGUUCGCGGUGGAGGCAAAUGGAAAGUACCUGUUUUCUCUUUGCAAAGCAGAGAUUGCGUGGGUCGGAAGAAAUAUACAAUGUCUGAAUUUAACGAGGACCCAGGAACUGAUGGAAUUCGUACCGAAGCCGGAAUCAGUUGACUUUGAUUACAAAGUGAAAGUACCCCUUCAAAAUAUAUGCUUGACGGAUGUAUUCACGGAACCAUAUGACAACACAAUAACUAUAGAUAUAACAUACAGGCUUGAAGCAGCAAUUCCGAAUAACAAAACAUGGAUCACGGCAGGUUUGACUUUGAAUACUAAAUUGUGGGUCGGCCAAGUUGCAAUGCAGGAGAAAACUGGUAUCGCAGAUGUCAUACUUAACGGACCUCAACGUGUUGACAUCAUUGAUGUCAAACAGCUGACUUCUUUACCAAUCUCUUAUAUACAAGGCUAUAACAUCAACAUUAAGAUUCCGCCCUUGACUGCGGCAAAAGUAGUGGUGAAAGUCUCAAGCGAUUCAUCUGCUCUUUCUGUCUGCUCAGUACGACUAGUAGCCAAAGGAUCGAAUAUCGGAUGCCUGAGGAAUGAAACCACAGAAGUUCAAGAGAUGAAUUCCAUUCUCAAGAAAUCUAUUCAACUAGAUUUUGGACCCAUUACGAAUCUAGGGGUCCAUGGAAUCCAUCAGAGUACUUUCUUUGAUAAAAGCUCUGUACUACUACAAGCGUUGGUCACUUUUCAAGCUGCUUCGUCAGGUACUUUGACAUUAAGUGUUACACUGGGCAGUCAGACUCCCAUUGACACCACAUUCCCAUUAACAGCAACUUCAAAUGCAAGCGUCAAUUAUACUAACGUAGUGAAAAAUGUAGUGAACUUUGUGGCACCCAUUGCAAACAGAACCAGUACAAAUGUGAACAAAGGGGAAGCGAAAAGAGUGGUCAUACAGUUUUAUGUCACCCCAGAAACAUUCCAAAGCAUGAAAUUCCAAACGAGAGUCAACAACAUUGGAAUGGUUGAAAUUUGUGACUACAAUAUAAUUCAUUCUGGUACCAACAUACCGUGUUUGGACAAGAAACUAAUUACAGGAAAAAAUAUUUCAAAGGAAGAAUGGAUGAUUGAAGCGAAUAUUUGUUCGUGGCCAAUCGAUGAGGAAGAUCCGGAAAGUAACAAGGUUCAAGUAGAAGCUAUCGUCAAAGUACCCAAGAAUAGCGCCAUCUCAUUAAACGACGUGAUUAAUGUUACUACUGAUAUUUACAUCAACGAUUCUCUGGUGGAGACGACACAAUUGGCGCUAACUGUCGUCGAUGCAUUUACAGAAGACUUCCUGGAUUGGAUGACAAAUGACAACACAACAAAUCUUAUAAGUGCUGCUGGAACACCAGUUACGAGCGCUGAAAUUGGAGAAGUCUUUGAUUUGAAUAUAAACUUAUCCAUUCCAGUUAAUUCAUCAAGCCUUGUUAAAUUCAAUGUUUCUGUACCAGUGACCGAAACUGCCCAUUUGACCAUACGAGAUAUUAAAUACAACGGCUCAGACCAAGAUAUUGCUUGCAUUGACGGUGCUGAAGUUAAUUUUGCCUCAACCAAAAAUACCAGUCAAAUUGAUAAGGGCGAAAUGGAUUUUGGUAUUGUCACUAAUACAGGUGUAACCCGCAGAAUAUUGCAACAAAAGGAACUAUAUUUCAGUACAAUUCAUGUUAUUUUAACAUUACAAAUGGCAGAUGCCAAGGAAAAUACAGAUCAAUCAGACAAGAGCAUUAUGAUGGAACUUCGAGUUGGUAGUUUUAUCGGUACUCUAGAUCAUAUUGUGAAAGUCAAUAGAAAUGCUAAUAAUGCCCCGAAACUGUACUUUGAGGCCGGCUUUAACGAUACGGGAAGACCUUUGUUGUACGUACAAUAUUUUGAAUCUUUUUAUAAUUUUCAUUUGCUGAUCAAGUUUGUAAGUGUAUGUGACAGUAAAUGUAUUUUGUCGAUGGUAUUUAAGGUCAAAAUCGGCUCUGAGUGAGCAAUCCUAUUAUAAAACUCUGUAG